AUGUCUUCAUCGGGAAGCGAUCGUCAUCGAUCAAAAAGUCACUCUCCUAGAAGUGAACGAUCUGACUCACGUAGCAAUACGCCACCGCGUCGACGUAGCCGUUCAAGAUCAGUUGAUCAUGCAGCUGAGCAGUUCGGUCGGCUGCAUAUAUGUAACUUCGAUGAAAGUCUGAGAAAGGAUGAUCUGAAAGACGCGUUUGGUAAAUUUGGCGACAUCGAUAAUGUUUGGUUGGCGUCAUAUCCGCCACUGUUUGCAUUUGUCACGUUCAAAGCGAAGGAAGAUGCUGCUGAUGCGCUGAAAGAGAUGAAUAACGCGUACAUUGGAAGAAACAAGAUCAAGGUAGCUACGGCUCAUCCACCAAGAAAACCAGGUGAGCGAGGUCCGUCACGUCGCUAUGGUGGUGGCGGUUAUCGAGGAGGAGGUGGACCACGCUCAUAUGGUGGAUAUGGCGGUAGAGGCGGUGGAUACGGAGGAGGCUACGGUGGACGAUCAGGUGGUUCUCGUUCAUAUGGUGGAGGUGGUUAUCGGAGCAGUUACAGUAGUAGCGGAAAUGGUGGUGAGCGAAGGAGUGGCAAUCGAUACAGUGAUCGACGUUGA